AUGCUUAGAGCUUCUUCUUUGACUACCCGUAGAGGGGCUAAUCUUAUGCUGAAGGCUGUUCCAUUGAUCGUCAGAUCAAGCACUACCUUAGCGCUAAGGAGAUAUGCUUCCGGGCUAUCAAAUUUUCAAAGCCGUGCCGUGCUUUCAAAGGUUCUUUCUCAGGAAUCAUCGCAGGGAAGACUUUCGUUUAAAGGGGGAAACUUUUUUACUCCAUUUAACGCAGAGAAGAGGAAGAAAUUAACGCCAGCGACAUACGAGGAUUUUCUGCCACAUUCCAAUAAUCCAUCAUUUUUGACGGUCCGGUCUCCUUUUAACCACUUGCAGAAUAUUGACAGGAGCAUAUACUUGGACCUUUCGGCUGACGGUAAGGAAAACCCUAGUAAUGAUGAUGGCAAGGAGACAGAGCCUUCAACAAAAGAGAAACAAGACAAAGAAAAAGAAAAAGAUGAGGAGGAUUCCAAGGAUGAAACAGACAGUCAAAAGCCAGACUCGAGUGUCAAGUCAUCUCGUGGAAAGGGCAGAUCAAAAGCUGCAUCUUCAGGUGCAGGUGCAUCAUCUUCGUCAUCAGCAGGAUCUGGUAGUGAUGCAUUCGGAUCAGGUCAUGACGGUGUGAAAGGUGGCAAAGACAAAGAACCAAAUAUUUCUGAGGUUUAUCCUAGGGUAAUUGGCCUUCCAAUUUCUCAGCGACCACUCAUUCCAGGAUUUUACAAAGCAUUGGUGAUCACUGAUAUUAAUGUCAUCAAGGCCAUCAAGGAUGCUCUUAACCACAAGAAUCCAUAUAUCGGUUGCUUCCUUUUCAAGGAUCCAGAAAUGACGGGUGAUGUUAUUACCUCCAAGGACCAAGUCUACCAGACAGGUGUUUUGGCCCAGAUCACAUCUAACCUAUAUGCCAAGGACAACAAGACUGGUAUAGAGUCGCUAACUGCGGUCUUAUAUGCUCACAAACGUAUAAGACUCGAUAGUCUUUAUCCUCCAAAGUCAGAUGCUGCUACUCAUGUGGCAGAAAAUGGGGAGAAGCAUACGAAACAGGUCAUCGAAGGCAUUACAGGAGAGAAAGAAGGAGAUGAGCCAAGAAAACCAUCGCACAAAGCGUCAGUGAGAAAAAUUCAAGAUAAGAAAUUGGAGCCAACUGAGGUCUUGGAGAAGGCGGAGGGAGCACAACUUCCUUCACAUCAGGAUGCUUUGCCAGACGAACCAGCACAGGAUGAGUACUUAAAGAAGUACCCAAUUAGUCUAGUGGGUGUCUCGGAUGUUCUUGAUCAGAAAUAUGAUAAGAAUGAUCCAUUGAUCAACUCUUUAACUGCUUCAACAUUGGAGACAUUAAAGAAAAUGGCAACAAUGAACAAACAAUUCAAUGAUGAGCUUGCCACAUUUAGCGCUUCCCUACACAGCGACAUCUACAGCUGUCCUUCUAAUCUUGCCGAUUUUGCUGCUGCUGUCACUGCAGGAAAAUCAAAUGAUGUUCAGGAAAUUUUAGAGACUACCGAUGUUAAGAAGAGAUUAAAAUUAUCCUUGGUUUUGUUGAAGAAAGAGCUGGCAAAUAAGGAAAUGCAAAUGAAAUUGGAUAAGGAACUUGAUGACAGGAUUAUGAAAAGGCAGAGAACUUAUCGCUUGGCCGAGCAACUGAAACUAAUUAAGGAGCAAAUCGGUACUAGUGAUGGUCGGGAUGCUCUCAUUAAGAAAUACGAUAACAGGGUUAAGAAGUUGAACAUGCCACCAGAAGUGAAGAAGGUUUAUGCUGAAGAAAUCGAUAAGUUGAAGACCUUAGAACCUAUGAUGUCUGAAUAUGCUGUCAGCAAAAAUUACUUAGACUGGCUUACCCAGCUACCAUGGGGUAUAGAGUCAAAAGACUGCUUCAGUGUUGAAAGGGCAAAGAACAUUUUAAAUGAAGAUCAUUAUGGCUUACAGGAUGUUAAAAACCGUAUUCUUGAAUUUGUCGCUGUCGGAAAACUUGCAAACAAGGUUAAAGGUAAGAUUUUGUGCUUCUGUGGUCCACCUGGUGUUGGUAAGACUUCCAUCGGUCGGUCCAUUGCAAAAUCUUUAAACAGAAAGUUUUACAGAAUCUCCUUUGGUGGUUUGAAUGAUGUGUCUGAGAUUAAAGGUCAUCGUAGAACAUAUGUUGGUGCAUCACCAGGUAGGAUUGUUCAAGCUCUUAGGAGGUCACAAACAGAUAAUCCUUUGAUCAUGAUUGAUGAGAUCGAUAAGAUAAGUACACAAGGUGCAAACAAUGGCAAUCCUGCUGCGACAUUACUUGAAUUACUUGACCCCGAGCAGAACAGCAAAUUCUUGGACAAUUUUAUGGACGUCCCUAUUGAUCUAUCGAAGGUUUUGUUUGUCUGUACUGCAAACAACUGGGAGACAAUUUUGCCACCAAUUCUGGAUCGUAUGGAGAUGAUUCACAUUCCCGGAUACACCGAUAACGAAAAACUUCAGAUUGCAGAGAAAUACUUGAAUAAGAAGAUUAAAAAGGAAACCGGAUUGGAGAAUGCCAAUAUCAACGUGACAAAACCCGCUUUAGAGGCAUUAGUUAAGUAUUAUUGUCGAGAAAGUGGUGUUAGAAGUCUCAAAAAGGCCUUAGAGAAGAUAUAUAGAAAGGCAGCCUUGCAAUUGGUUGAAGAAAUUGGUGAUCCGGCUGGAUCUGAGGCAGAACUAGCAGUGAUGGCUUCGGAAUCAGAUAAAAGCAAAGAGACUAAUGCUGAAAAGGAGAACGAAAGGAAGGAGGAGGUUGCUGCAGAUUUGCAGACAACAUCUCCUGAAGGAAAACCUGCCGAAAAAACAUUGAGUGCAAAUGGAGAGAAACCAAACGAAAAUGUCAGUAAGGGCAAGGAAAAAACACCAGAAAUUACGAAAUUGAUUAUUCCGGAUGACUUUAAAUUGGAUAUUACACCAAAGAAUCUUUCGAAAUAUGUUGGACCACCGGUUUUCACAUCUGACAGGAUGUAUAUGACACCACCUCCUGGUAUAGUCAUGGGAUUAGCAUACUCGAGUAUGAGCGGAGCUGCAAUGUACUUUGAGACGGCACUGGUUCGUUCUCUUAAGAUAGCUGCUGCUGGGAAGUUGGAAAUGACAGGACACUUGGGUGAUGUUCUCAAAGAAUCGGCAGAUCUCGCUUAUUCUGUGGCAAAGAACAUCUUGUCUCAGAGAUUCCCAGAUAACAGGUUCUUUGAGAGGGCAUACAUUCACAUGAAUUGUCCUGAAGGAGGAAUCAGUAAAGACGGUCCUUCAGCAGGUAUUACAAUGACUACAGCGUUCCUUUCUUUGGCAUUGAACCAUCCAAUUCCAGGUGAUGUGGCCAUGACGGGUGAGAUAUCUUUGGGAGGAAAAGUUUUACCAAUUGGUGGAUUAAGGGAGAAGACAUUAGCUGCUAGAAGAUGCGGAAUUAAAACUAUGAUCAUUCCUAAGAGCGAUUUACCAGAGUGGGACGAGGUUCCAGAACAACUUAAAGAAGGAAUAGAUGUUCACUUCAUCGACUGGUAUUCAGAGGUGUUCGAUUUACUAUUUAAGGACGUUACUCCAGAAAAAGGAAACAAUGUUUGGAAGGAAGAGUUUAGCAAGAGGGAGAGUCCUUUGGGAAUACCUGGUGAUAUGAUGCAAACGCAAGAAAGACCACGGAUUUAA